AGAUAGAUAGAUAGAUAGAUAGAUAGAUAGAUAGAUAGAUUAUUGUUCUUCUUCCUCUUUUUCCCCCAAUGUCUAUUAUCUGUAGACCAGUGCAUUCUUGCAUGGGCCGCUGUGUUCGAGGCGCGCGCGCGCGUGUUUGGUUCACUCCUCCACGACGCAGGAUCUCUCCAUCGCUUCCGCGGAAGAACCCCGUCUCUGCUGUCCCAUUAAAGAUGGAGCUGUCUGCGGCAGGGGACCGAGUGUUUGCCGCUGAGGCCAUCCUGAAGCGCCGCAUCCGUAAGGGACGGAUGGAGUACCUAGUGAAAUGGAAAGGAUGGGCAAUAAAGUACAGCACAUGGGAACCUGAGGAGAACAUCCUAGAUGAACGACUCGUUGCAGCAUUUGAACAAAAAGAGCGGGAACAGGAGCUGUAUGGACCUAAAAAGAGAGGCCCAAAACCUAAAACAUUGCUUCUGAAGUCAAGAGCACAGGUUGCAGACACUUCCUCAAGAGUCCCGGAGUUCAAGCACACUCGCCCUCAGCAGCAUUCCAAGCUUCCUCCGCCCUCUGCUACACCGUCCUACACCCCAACCGUCCCUUCCAACGCUAAACUGCAAUCGGGCACCGCUCAGCCCAAACUGAAGAAAGACAUUCACCGCUGCCAUCGCAUGGCACGUCGGCCCUUGCCCCGUCCAGACCAGACAAUCGGUCCCUCCAGUCCUUUUUCGUCCCGUCCGACAGUCAGUCCUUUCUCAGAAACGGUCCGCAUUCUCAAUCGUAAAGUCAAACCAAGGGAAGUAAAGAAAGGACGGGUCAUUCUGAACCUCAAAGUGGUUGACAAGGCUGGGAACGGCGCAGUUGCUAACAGUAGAAGGACACACGUGCCCUCCACCCAGCAGUCCCAUUUUGGGCGGCUGAAGAUUCCGUCCCGGAACAGGGUGAUUGGGAAAAACAGGCGGUUUGGAGAGGUGUCCUACCGAGGAAUCCAGCCCACCAUUAAAAGUUCUGGGUUUCCUGUUUUCGGAAAACUCUUCGAUUCUCACUCCCUGAGCAAUGCCGAGAACCAGACUCAAAGUGGAGAGAGUCGUAAUAACACAACAAACAAUCUCGCUUCCUCCCAAAGUUCAAAGGCGGAUGUGUCCAAAGGUCAGACUCUUGAUGAACUGCCUCCGUCAAACUCGAGCUCUGAAGUUUCAGAUGGCGAGCCACCCUCCCCGCCACAAACCCAAUCCCAGCAUUCCUCAUUGCCACCAAAGGCCUCUGCAACCAAGGCCCAAGAUCCUGCCCUUCACAAACUGAGCGCUCAACCUGCAGCAUCCAAAAACAGCUCGGGUCCUUCUGCUCUUCCAUCUUCUCCUAUGUUUUCCUCAUCGUCCUCUGCCUCGUCAUCUUCAGAAGACAACGAACACAUCCUGGACCUCUCCGUACCUCAUGAAAUGGACAGGCGAUUGCGGCGACGCCAUCCCUUCUCUGGCCGUCAUCCGCUCAAGGUCCCAGAGGUGCCCGUGUCGGAGGAACCGUCGGAGGAAGAGGAAGAUUUGGACUGGCAUCCUGACAUGACCUCCCGAUGUGCCAAUGUAGUCGUGACGGACAUCACAGCUAACCUCCUCACCGUAACGAUCAAGGAGUUCUGUCAUCCGCCAUCCGCUACUCCUCCUCCCUGCUACCCCAAAAAUAUAUCACCUCAACACGACACAAAACAGCCAAAGGACCACCCCAACAAAGCAUGAGUGCGGACACCACAGAAACAGCCUCCUCCAGCCUUCAGAAGGGAUUUUAGGAGUUGCCUAUGAAUAUCUAUUCAUGUCAUCGAGAUCAAGCUCUCAGUCCUGCUCUCUGCAGCUUGCGCCAACAUUGGUGAUCCUAAAUCCCUGAUAUUUCCAGCAAGCACUGAAUAUCCCUGUAAUCCCACUUAACCAGCUCUCCAAGACGUGUGCAUGGAGAGGGAUUGAGAAUCAAGAUCCCCGUCAGGAGAUUGGCUCUGAGUCCAGGGCAUCAUUCUGUUUGUCUCGCUGAAUCCUGACUCUUAUUCUUCCUCCACAUCUGCUGACAGUUUAGCUCAAACCUCCAUGAUGAGGAUCUUUUAAGGACACACUCUCCCACUGACCUGCAUAAAAGGGAUUUUUAUUCUAAUGGAGUUGUUUGUUCAGCCAUAUUGUUUAUUUAGCCAUAUUAUUAUUCUUUUUUCAAACGGCACAUUUGAGGAAUUGGAAAUCCCUCAGUACUUAGAAUGCAUGUUUUCAUGUUUGUGUUAUUUAAAAAGUUUCAAGUGUUAAUGCACUCGUGCCUUUGUGCAAAAGAAGGGUUUUUGAAUAUGUAAAUAUUUUGAAACACCAUACAUAGUUCUUAUUUUGGUGUGAUUCAUUUGAGUGAAGUUUGAAUAUGUGGCAUUCAUUUCAUAGGACAUGCGUGCAGCUACGGUUUCAUGUACGUCAGAAUGACAUGAGAUGACUUUCCCAUGGCUUUUAUAUACAAAGCAUUGUGUUAAACUUUGUAUUAUGUUGCCUUGACAAAGCCAAUGUAAUGUACUAUUAUACUGCACACACCUAUGUUAACUCAUGCUAAAGCAUUCAAACUACAUCCAGCCAGAUCUGUAGUGUCAGCUGAGACUUAUAAAGCACACAGAAUAUGCGCAGAUCAUUAAUGCCCCAAAUGUUUGAGAAUGAGCCCUUAGUUCACUGUGUUAGUUCAGAUCUGUUCUGUUUAACAUCAACUACAACUUUGUUGUAACAUUGCUUGAGAGAAAAGGGGAAUAUAUUCUUAAUAUCCAUUAUUAUGCAGAUUGUUUUAAAUGUAAAUCAUUUUUGAACCCUGAGUAAACCUUUUUUUGUUUUUGUUUUUCGCGUUCUGUCUGAAACCACUUAUUAGUGAUGAUUAUGUGAAUGAUUUAUGCAUUUUGAUUUGUUCGUUUUAGUUGUAAAUAUUCAUUUUUCUAUAAUAACUUCAUGCUUGAUUUUUAUUCUGUACUUCAAUAGCAGAAUGAGAAUUAUUUUUCAUUGCUUUAUGUAUUGUGUACAGAUUUGUAAUUGACAGAGUGUCGAAAAUCAUGGCAAUUUUUGUACCGUCUUUGAAGUAGAAGUGUAGCUAAGCUCACUGACCCUGUUUUAAUAAAGGAAUUACAGUUGUGGUUUUGCUAAUUA